UUGAGAAUUCUUAGGGAACCCCCACAAGUUAACGACAUAUAACCCAGAGUAGUUGAGAACAUAUACCCAGAGAUUGUUUCUCUCUCUCUCUCUCUCUCUCUCUCUCAAUCAAUACCCCAAUCUUCCAAACUGACAGGUGUGCUUUGUCUACCCCAAUUAAGUCACCUUCACUUCAUCAGUCUUCCCAUUCUAAAACCAGCAAAAACACAUCAUUUUUCAGCCUCUCCAAACCCUUCAACACAGGCAUACUGUAAUGGCUUCCACACCACCCAAACCAUCAAAACAGCUCGGAGAACUUCUACAGGACAACCAAGAACCUUUCAUCCUAGAGGAAUUUCUUUCAGAAAGAGGAUGUCUGAAGGAGAGCUCAAGUUCAGAUGGUAACGUUAGCUGCUCUCACGGCAAUUCAGCCAGUUGUUGCCUAAACAAGAGCAGAAAGGGCUUCCCACGCUGCUCCAAAAUACUGAGAGCUGUAUAUAAGAAGUUUGUUUCCAUUAAAGAGGGCCAGAGAGUGAAGAGUUCCGGAAAUAGAAACGAAGAAUAUAGCAUCAGUGAUGGCAAAGAAGUCGUGGAAUCAGACAGAUUUUCCUCUGCUAGCAGCACAACAGUUUUCGUUUCGUGCUCUGAGAGUGAUGAAGAAGAAAUAUCAACUUCAUCGUGCAAAGAUCACACCAUUGAUGCAGAAACUCUGCAAGCUUUGAAACUCUGCAAUAUAGAGAAAGAGGCUGCAACAGGUAGAAAGCUUCGGCGGAGAUGCAUGGAAGACAGCAAGCAACUCAGCCCCGUGUCAGUACUAGAAAAAAUACCCUCCCAUGAAGUGCAACAAAAUGGCAGUCCCAAGAAAGUUUCAGAAGACUCACUCUCAUCAGCUUCUCCACGAGAAUUGCUUUUUCACUUGGCACUGGAGAAGCCAAUUAGUUAUACGGGAGUUGCAGAGUUGCAAGGGCUUGGCGAACCACACCCAUCCCCUCAGUUAUUGAAAUCGAAAAGGGUAUUGCAGCAAACAAAUCAGCUUCUGUUUGAUUGUGUGAGGGAGGUGGUAGAGUCCCAUGCGAAAAAAGAGAGGGGGAAGCAACAUUACAAAAAGUUCUUGGGGCCUGAAGAGCUUGGGAAGCUCAUCUGUGAAAGAAUAACAUCGUGGGGGAUACAGGACGGAGACGAAACAAACACAAAUUAUUUCUUGGAUUCAGUGGAAGAAUGGCGUGCUUUUGAACAGCAGAAGAGGGAAAUUGAGUUUGAUAUCGUAGAUACCAUUUUAGAAGAGAUCAAGAAUGAAAUCGUCACAGAAAUGAUUGAUUUUCUGCCACCAACUAGAUGUUGAGCUUUUCACUACCUCUUCUAUGUUAUGUCUACCCUCGUCCUUUCCAUCUUCAUUGAACUCCAAAACACAAACCAGGUGAUCUGCGCCGAUUGUUUUUUUUUUUUUUUUUUUUUGAAACAAUUCAUUCAAUCUUAUUCAUGAAUAGUGGAAAAAGACGAUAAAAAAAAAAAUCAGGAUCUCGGGACAACUUGUUCCCUACUUAAAUAUCAGAAAUGUUAUGAGGAAUGUCUUCGAACCAAAUGAAAUCAGUGACAUUGGCGGCU